CAGGCCCGGGGCCCCAUGCCAGCGGCCCCGGGGUGUCGCAAGAGGCACGGUGGGGGCGGCCGCGAGUGCUGGGGGCGGGAGCCACACGCAGCGUUCGAGAGGAUCUUUGUCAACCGGAGCUUGGCACUGGAGAAGAUCAAGUGCUUUGGCUUUGACAUGGACUACACCUUGGCCGUGUACAAGUCCCCUGACUACGAGGAGUUGGCCUUCAACCUGUUGCUGGAGCACCUCGUUGCCAUUGGGUACCCUCCUGAGAUCCUUGCCUACAAAUAUGACCCCACCUUCCCCACCCGGGGGCUGGUGUUCGAUGCCCUGUACGGGAACCUGCUGAAGGUGGAUUCCCACGGGAACCUGCUGGUCUGUGCUCAUGGCUUCCGCUUCCUCAAAGGAGCCGAAAUCCUGCACUAUUAUCCCAACAAGUUCAUCCAGCGGGAUGACAUGAAGCGCUUCCACAUCCUCAACACCCUCUUCAACCUCACAGAGGCCCACCUCUAUGCCUGUCUGGUGGACUUCUUCACCAACUGCUCCAGAUAUGUCAACUGUGACACCGGCUACAAGCAUGGGAACCUCUUCAUGUCCUUCCGCAGCAUGUUCCAGGAUGUGCGCGAGGCCAUGGACCAUGUCCACCUCUCUGGCUGCCUCAAGGAGAAGACGCUAGAGAACCUGGAGAAAUAUGUGGUGAAGGAUCCCCGUGUGCCACUGCUGCUGAGCCGCAUGAAGGAGGUGGGGAAGGUCUUCCUGGCCACCAACAGUGACUACACCUACACUGACGCCAUCAUGUCCUACCUGUUUGACUUCAGCCAGGGGGACAAGGCUGACGUCCCACAACGCCCCUGGAGGUCCUAUUUCGACCUGAUUGUGGUGGACACCCGCAAGCCCCUCUUCUUUGCUGAGGGCACCGUCCUGCGCCAAGUCGACACGGACACGGGGAAGCUGCGCAUUGGGACAUAUACCGGCCCCCUCCAGCACUGCGCUGUCUACUCCGGUGGCUCCUCAGAUGUGGUGUGUGACCUCCUGGGUGUGAAGGGCAAAGACAUCCUCUACAUGGGCGACCACAUCUUUGGGGACAUUCUCAAAUCCAAGAAGCGGCAGGGCUGGCGCACCUUUCUGGUGGUGCCUGAGCUGGCCCGCGAGCUGCAGGUCUGGACAGAGAAGAGCGAGCUGUUUGAGGAGCUGAGGAGCCUGGAUCUCUUCCUGGCUGAGCUGUACCAGCACUUGGACAGUGGCAGCAGUGAGCGCCCGGACAUCAGCUCCAUCAAGCGUCGAAUCCAGAAAGUCACACAUGAGAUGGACAUGUGCUACGGGAAGAUGGGCAGCCUCUUCCGCUGUGGCUCACGUCAGACGCUCUUUGCCAACCAGCUGAUGCGCUAUGCAGAUCUCUAUGCUGCCUCCUUCAUCAACUUCCUCUAUUACCCCUUCAGCUACCUCUUCCGGGCACCCCCUGUCCUGGUACGCAGCCCCCAGCCCCUGCUGCUCACCUGCUGUGCCUCAGUUUCCCUCCCUGAGGGGGGCAUGGGGCUGAUAGAGGUGUUGGGUGGGCACCCAACCCCUUGGCUGGCUGGUGCCAGCCUCUCUCUGGGAGCCUUGUCCACCCCCCCGCAGAUGGCCCAUGAGUCAACAGUGGAGCACUCUCGCCUGGACUCAGGGGAUGCGGUCACUGCCCUUCCUCCCUGGCUGGCCCAGCACGGUGACCCUGGCCAGCAGGUCCCCCAGGACUCGAGUGAGGAGGAGGAUGAUGAUGGAGAAGCCUGAGCACACCCCAGCUGCUGCCAUGGCAGAACUGGAGCCCUCUGACAGCAGCCAGCUGGGGAGUUCUCCCAUCCCUCUGCUCCAGGGUAGCAGCUCAGCCCUCUGGGAAGAUGAAUGCCUGCACAAGUACUUUUCCAUAAGAAAGAGCCUAGAGAGUGAGGGGAUCAUCUUCUAUUCUGCCCAAGUGCUGCCCUAUGCCAAAAAGAAAGGUCGUGAAUCUUCUCUCAUUUCUAUCACAUUAGUGGCGUUUCCCAGAGCCUGGUGACAGGAACUGGUUUGCUCUUUGAUCCUGCUGCUUCUCUUCCUAUUUUCCUGCCAGAUGCACUGAAAACGCCCCUUCCUGAUACGAACAUAUUCCAAAGGCCACUGGAAGCUGCCAUUAAAAACCAGUGGUGAGACUCCAAUCACCCUUUCCUUGAGACCUGGUUCUGGAUCUGAGUUUUUAGCAGCAAGGCUUGUUCUGCCAGAGCCAGGAGCUGAGAUGAGAAAGUUUCACAGAGACUCAUAAAAUAUGCAGAAGAGACACCAUCAGCCACUGGGAAAUGCCAGCACUCAAACCAUCCCUCUGCUCCUGCUGCCAGUAACCAUAGACCAGUGCCAGGGUGCUGUGGGGGCAGAGCCCAGACAGCGAGGCCCUGGCAGGAGCUGGUUCUUUGUACGCAGGCCAGAGAAGGCAGACACUGGCCAGUGGGGAGAGCCAGCUAUACCUCAGACCUUUACAUAUCAUCUCAUCCAAGCCCAACAUCCUCCUAACUUACUUUGCGCUUGCGCAUUUCAGCCUUUCCUUGGCUGCUUGGCAGUUCUGCGGCCGGCUCCUCUGUUGCUCUGCAGAGAGAUGACAGGAAAUGCAGUGCACGCAGCACGGUCUCAGUUCUCAAAGAACAAAUAUCUGUGACAAUGGAUUUCUCUUAGUCUCAAACACUACAUUGCACAUCUCUCAAGCUCCCUGCCUGGGGAACCUGGCAAUGCUGUUCCCAGAAAUUCCAUGCACAUGAUACUGCCCAGAGGCUCACUGGCACUUGAGCUUCCCGACCCUCACAGAGUGAUGCCACUCAACACCCCAGCUGUGCAGGGCUCAGUUUGCAGAAGGAAAGGGGAGAUGCUGCCCACGAUUCUGUUUCAGCUGUAUAUCCCACAGGCCUGCGCCCACUAGCAGCCAAGCCCUCUUCUAAAACAAGUAAGAGGGAAAAGCAAGGAGCAUCUCAAAAGGAGGAGAAAGGAUACUUCCGACACUCCCAGUUUGGCUGCGGCACCAGGGCACCUGUCAUAGGUUAGCAAGCAUAGUCCCGAAAGGGAUGUCCUUGCUAAGGGGUGUUUGUUUACAGCUUCCUCUGGGACCUGA